AGGGAGCGGGCCGGGCAGGAGGAGGCCAGGGCCCGCCCCACAGACACUCUUGCGCCUCUGAAAAGCCACAGGGGCAAAGCCCUGUCACCCUCGGGAUCCGGUCAUCAGGGGAAAAGGACAGGGAGACCAGAAGAGGGCCAGCUGGGGCGAGGGGGUGGAGGCCCAGGAAGCAGCAUCUGAGCCGGGCAGGGACCAGGCGCAGGAGGCCAGGGGGCACGAGAACAGACUCCCCUCAGAAGUGAAGAAGAGGAGAGCGGAAGGAACCAAGGGAGGGACAGACGGCAGCCUAAGGAGGAGGAAAGAGGAGGGGGAGAGGGGUCAGGCCAGGCAGCCUUGGAGGAGGCGUGCGGCUGGGGUCUGCCGGCAGGAAGCCGGGGACAGGACUGGACCGGCUGGCGCUGUCCCGCAGAGCGGCGGCGUCCCCUGGGGCCGGGCAGAGGCGCCAGUGGUCAGGAGGGAUGUGCCUCUGAGGCCCGCUGCGGAGCGCCCCACCAUGGCCCGCCGUACCCUCUGGAGCUGCUACCUCUGCUGCCUGCUGACCUCGGCCGUGGGGGCUGCUAGCUACCCUCCUCGAGGCUACAGCCUCUACACGGGCGCCGGGGGCGCCCUCAGCCCAGGGGCACCCCAGGCCCAGAGCAACCCCCACCCUGCCAGCCGCCACAGAAACUGGUGUGCCUAUGUGGUGACUCGGACAGUGAGCUGUGUCCUCGAGGAUGGAGUGGAGACCUUCAUCAAGCCAGACUACCAGCCCUGUGGCUGGGGCCAGCCCCAGUGUCCCCGAAGCAUCAUGUACCGCAGCUUCCUCCGCCCCCGCUACCGUGUGGCCUACAAGACAGUGACAGACAUGGAAUGGAGGUGCUGUCAGGGAUACGGGGGCGAUGACUGCAGUGAGGGGCCUGCCCCCGCACUGGGCCCCGCACCUUCUACACCACGCCCACGGCCCCGGCCUGCCCGCCCCAACCUCUCCGGCUCCAGUGCAGGCAGCCACCUCAGUGGACUAGGGGGAGAAGGUCCUGGGGAGUCAGAGAAGGUACAACAGCUGGAGCAGCAGGUGCAGAGCCUGACGAAAGAGCUGCAAAGCCUACAGGGUGUCCUGCAGGGGCUGAGUGGGCGCCUGGCAGAAGAUGUGCAGAGGGCUGUGGAGACGGCCUUCAAUGGGAGGCAGCAGCCAGCAGAUGCAGCUGCCCGCCCUGGCGUGCACGAAACCCUCAAUGAGAUCCAGCACCAGCUGCAGCUCCUGGACAACCGCGUCUCCACCCACGACCAGGAGCUGGGCCAUCUCAACAACCAUCAUGGUGGUGGUGGCAGCAGCGGCAGGGCCCUAACUCCAACCCCGGCCCCAGCCCCGCCUGGCCCCAGUGAGGAGGGCACGGAGCUGGGAGGAGCCACUGGGCAGGGUGGCCACCCUCCAGGCUACACCAGCUUAGCCUCCCGCCUAUCUCGCCUGGAGGACCGCUUCAACUCCACCCUGGGUCCCUCGGAGGAGCAGGAGGAAGGCUGGCCUGGGCGGCCUGGGGGCCUGGGCCACUGGCUGGGCGCUGCCCCCGGGCGGCCAGAGGAGGUGGGGCGGCCUGGGGGCCUGGGCCACUGGCUGCCUGCUGCCCGGGGCCGACUAGAGAAGCUGGAGGGUCUGCUGGCCAAUGUGAGCAGCGAGCUGGGGGGACGGCUGGGUCUGCUGGAAGAGCAGGUGGCAGGGGCUGUGCAGGCAUGUGGGCAGCUCUGCUCUGGGGCUCCUGGGGAGCAGGACUCUCAGGUCCAUGAGAUCCUCAGUGCCUUGGAGCGCAGGAUGCUGGACAGCGAGGGGCAGCUGCGGUUGGUGGGCUCAGGCCUGCACAAGGUGGGAGCUGCAGGAGAGGCCCAGCAGGUCCUGCUGGAGGGACUGCAAGGGGCCAUGAGCCGGCUCCAGGACCGCGUAGACACUCAGGACGAGACCGCUGCAGAACUCGCACUGCAGUUGAAUCUCACAGCAGCCCGGCUGGGUCAUUUGGAGAGCCUGCUGCAGGCCCGAGGGGACGAGGGCUGUGGGGCUUGUGGUGGUUUCCAAGAGGAACUGGGCCGUCUUCGGGAUGGUGUGGAGCGUUGUUCCUGCCCCCUCUUACCUCCACGGGGCCCUGGAGCUGGUCCAGGUGUUGGGGGACCAAGCCGUGGGCCUCUGGAUGGCUUCAGCGUAUUUGGAGGCAGCUCAGGUUCAGCCCUACAGGCGCUGCAAGGAGAGCUCUCAGAGGUGAUUCUCACCUUCAGCUCCCUCAACGACUCACUGCAUGAGCUGCAGACCACCGUGGAGGGCCAGGGUGCUGACCUGGCCGACCUGGGUGCUACCAAGGACAGCAUCAUCUCUGAGAUUAACAGGCUGCAGCAGGAGGCCACAGAGCAUGCUACUGAGAGCGAGGAGCGCUUUCGAGGCCUGGAGGAGGGACAGGCACAGGCCGGUCAGUGCCCCGGCCUCGAGGGGCGAUUGGGCCGUCUCGAGGGAGUCUGUGAGCGCUUGGACACCGUGGCUGGGGGACUGCAGGGCCUGCGUGAGGGCCUUUCCCGACACGUGGCAGGGCUCUGGUCUGGGCUGCGGGAAACCAACAGCACCAGCCAGACACAGGCAGCCCUGAUAGAGAAGCUGUUUGGAGGCCAGGCGGGCCUGGGCAAACGGCUGGGUACCCUUAACAGUUCCUUGCUGCUCCUGGAGGACCGUCUGCACCAGCUCAGCCUGAGAGACCUCACCGGACCUGCAGGUGAGGUCGGGCCCCCAGGGCCUCCUGGGGUGCAGGGACCCCCAGGCCCUGCUGGACCUCCAGGACCUCCAGGCAAGGAUGGACAACAGGGGCCCAUUGGGCCACCAGGUCCCCAAGGUGAACAGGGAGCCGAGGGGGCACCAGCAGUCUCUGUGCCCCGGGUGGCAUUUUCUGCUGCCCUGAGUUUGCCCCGCUCGGAACCAGGAACAGUGCCCUUCGACAGAGUCCUACUCAAUGAUGGAGACUACUAUGACCCAGAGACAGGUGUGUUCACGGCGCCAUUGGCCGGCCGCUACUUGCUGAGCGCGGUGCUGACGGGACAUCGGCACGAGAAAGUAGAGGCCGUGCUGUCCCGCUCCAACCUCGGCGUGGCCCGCAUAGACUCCGGCGGCUACGAACCCGAGGGCCUGGAGAAUAAGCCAGUGGCCGAGAGCCAGCCCAGCCCGGGCGCCCUGGGCGUCUUCAGCCUCAUCCUGCCGCUGCAGGCCGGGGACACGGUCUGCAUCGACCUGGUCAUGGGGCAGCUGGCGCACUCGGAGGAGCCCCUCACCAUCUUCAGCGGAGCCCUCCUCUACGGGGACGUGGAGCUUGAACAGGCGUAGACAGGGGCCGGCACACCGGCCUGAAGUGUCUCUCCCGCCAAAGAGCCUAUAGGGGCGGUGGGCUCCCCGGGGAUCCGUCUCCAGGGACCAAGCCCUCCGCAAGUCUCGGCACCCGGGCCCGCCGCGGUACCCGCGCGCAGAGCGUCGGGCACGGGGACUCCGGCGUCCCCUCUUUCAGUCCAGACUUUCUGCCUGAUGGUGCCCUCUCCAGAACUCCGUCCAGGACCCGGACUGCGGGGGAGCUAGUCCUCCCGCCCUUGGCUCCCCCUACCGGCCCUCUUUGGCCAUCCCCUGGGCUCCAGGCUUUUCCCGAGCAGGCUCCGGGCCCCACUGCCACACUAAACUAUUCAGGAAUAAAGACACCUGUUUUUUUCUAAAAAACGAAA